GGCGCGUAGGUUAAAAGCAAUAGCUCCGGCUUAGCGGCUGUCAGUCUGUAGUUGUCGGGAGAGAAUAGAGCCAGUGGCAUAAUAGUUUUUUUAUAUUUAUUUAUUUAUUUUUUAAUAUAUACAUUAUACAUGUAUACAUAUUAAUAUAUUAGAUAUAUACUGUCUAGUUUUUAUUGUGACACUAUUAUUACACUCAAUAAUAUUUAUUGUGAUGGUAAUAAAAAAAAUAUAAUCAAUACAUUUAACUAUUUUGAUUUUUAAUUUUUUUUUUUGAUUCAUUAUAAUUUCAUUAUUUUAUACAAUAUAUUUCAUCAAGUUUUGAUAUAUAUAUAUUAGUGAAAAUAAUAUUAAUUUUUUGGAAAUUUUAAAUAUUAUAUUGUGAUUAUAUUUUAAUGGAAAAAAAUUUAUUUAUAUUCAAGUGAUUUGUGAUUAAUUGUGAAUGUUUUUUUUCAUAAUUUUGAUAUAUUUUUUUUUAUCUAGUUUAUAGAAAAUAGUGUCGAUUAAUUAAAGGAUAAUUGUAUAAUUAUUGUAAAUAAUUAAAUUAUCAAAAACUGGGACCAAAGUAUUUUAUAUUUCAAUUUUUGUGAAAAUUUUUCCUGGAAAUAUGUCGAUUGUUAUGCAGUACUUGGAUAAUUUUCAUGAGAUACUUGAUACUUAUGCCGAUCCAAGAACAACAAAAUGGUUUUUGAUGAGUUCACCUUUAUAUACUGCUGGUAUAUGUUUGAGCUAUGUCUAUCUUGUCAAAGUUCUCGGACCAAAACUUAUGGAAAAUCGUAAACCUUUUCAGCUUAAAAAAGUGCUCAUUGCAUAUAAUUUAUUUCAAGUUAUAUUCUCAACAUGGAUAUUCUACGAGAGUCUUGCUUCUGGUUGGUGGAAUGAUUAUUCAUUUAGAUGUCAACCAGUUGAUUAUUCAAACAGUCCGAAAGCAAUGAGAAUAUCAAUAAGUGGAUGGCUGACUGGUCAUUAUUCGCUAAGGUGUCAACCUAUAGAAAAACAAGAUGACCCCCGUGUACUGAGGAUGGCGCACGCAUGUUGGUGGUACUAUUUUUCGAAAUUCACGGAAUUUUUCGAUACGAUCUUCUUUGUGAUGAGAAAGAAGACUGACCAUGUUUCACCUCUUCAUGUUAUUCAUCAUGGAAUAAUGCCAAUGUCCGUCUGGUUUGGUGUCAAAUAUACUCCAGGUGGUCAUGCAACAUUCUUCGGUCUUUUAAAUACAUUUGUUCACAUUAUAAUGUAUUCAUAUUAUCUACUGGCAGCACUUGGUCCAUCAAUACAACCAUAUCUUUGGUGGAAAAAAUACUUAACAGCUCUUCAAAUGAUACAAUUUUUAGCAAUAAUACUUCAUGCUUUUCAAUUAGUAUUUAUUGAUUGUAAUUAUCCAAAAGCUGUUGUAUGGUUUGUCGGUCUUCAUGCAGUUAUGUUUUACUUUUUAUUCAAUAAUUUCUACAAACAAAAAUAUGUUAGUAAAGAUAAUAAAAGUCGAGUUAAAUCAGCGGCAAUUGACACGAUUGAAGCUGUUACUGGUGCAUGUAUGCCAAAUAAUAUUUCAAAUGGAAAAAAUUAUUCAUCGACUAAUGGAAAAAGACGAGAUGCUGCUGAUUAUUAUGUCAAAGGUGAAAUUGCAACGAAUGAUGUUAAUUUAAGAAAAUCAUACAAAACAACUGAUUGAUGAUUUAUCACAUUUAUAUAUUCAAAUUGCAUUACCAAAAAAAUAAUUAAUAACAUUGAGAGAUACCUAAAAGAUAAUAAAAAAAAUAACAAAAAUUUAUUAAUUAUAAAGUUGAAUAAAAUGAAUAAUAGUAGAGUGCCAUUUAAAAAUUAUCUAACAUGAAGUUAAUGGAAAAUUGGUACUACGAAAAUCGUGAUAAUCAAUGUUUGUUUUUUUUUCUUUUUUUUUAUUUUUAAAUUUUAUAUUUUAUUAUUAUUGAUAAAUAAUAAUUAUCAUUGGACAAUUAUGGUUGAAAAUUUUUAAAAUCUAAAUCUUUUUGUAUAAAAAUAAUCAUGUAUAAUUGAAAUUUUUAUUUGUUUUUAUUUUGUAAAUAGGCUAGUUUUUUUUUUUUUUCUUGCUAAGUACGAAUUUUAAUUUAGAAUAAUUAUUUUUUUUUCUUAAUUGACGAUGCUCAUGACAUUGGAUUUAUACUGUCGUAUAUUUAAACAAUGAUUUAUAUAAUUAAAAAAUAUUUAAAUAAAUUAUUAUAAGCUGCGCGUUUUUUGUGUAAAAAAUUUUUGUUUUUAAUUUUUUAAAAAACGCGAUGAUUGUAUAUAUGUAUAACGGAUUUUAAAUGUAAUGUUCGAGUGAGCCAAACUUGGGAAAUCAUGGGAAUUUAUUUUCAUUUUGUAUGAUAAAUAAAUAAAAUAAUUAAAUUAUAAUUUCAG